GAACCAGAAGCAUGCUUUGACUUUUUAUUUUAAUAGUAUUUAUCUCUAAUACUUCUAAUACUCUUGGUAACGGUGCAUUUUUGGCAGUAUCAAUCGGGUAUGAUCAGGUAAAACCAGUCACUAGUUGAGGAACAAACAUGAAGCCCUGUUUGGUUUGGGGAGGAGCACUCAUUCUUUAAAGAUUCAGAUGACAAGAAAUAAAACAUUUUGCUGAGUAUAUUUCUUGCCCAUAAUAUAAUUAUACAGACUUCACUAAAACCUGUCAACCUGAUCUUCUUAUCAAUUUGGGAAAAUGCGCACGCAGAAUAUGAGAGUCUUCAGCAGACUGACGUCUCGCUCCAUCAUCUUGCCUUUAAGUUUCAUGACCAUCUUUCUUCUGUACACUCAAAACGCCCCGAUGGACGAUACCAUAUACUCAUUUGAUGAUUUAAUCUUCGAACCUUCAUGCUCCUGUAAAACUUGCAUCAUGGGAUUUAUGGACGAUGACUGGUUCGUUUAUCGUUACAAUCCCACCAUUCCAGCCCUGCUCAACAGAAGAAACAGCUUGCUACAUAGAGACGCAUACAAAUGGUGGAGGGGUCUACAACCGUCAAAGCUCAGAGUCAACUACACAGAGGUGGUGGACCAGUUGUUUUCUCUCUUCCCCGAUGAAGAACACUACUCGGAUGCUGGUCCAGAUCGCUGCAGAACCUGUGCUGUGGUGGGAAAUUCUGGGAACCUCCUGGGAUCCCACUAUGGUCAACUAAUAGACAGCCAUGACUUAGUCAUUAGGAUAAAUAAAGGCCCGACAAAAGGUUACGAGAAGGAUGUGGGGUCCAAGACCACUCACCGGAUUCUGUAUCCCGAGAGUGCUGUGGACUUGGAGGACAACACCCAUCUGGUGCUUUUUCCCUUUAAGAUUCGUGACAUGCAGUGGCUCAUAAGCACUUUCACCACUAGACACAUCACAUGCACCUACACACGAGUCAAAUCUUCAAUCAAGGCAAACGAGAAUAAGGUGAUGAUCCUCCACCCUGCUUUUAUAAAGUACGUCUACGAGAAAUGGCUGCAGAAAAAUGGCAAAUAUCCUUCUACUGGCUUCAUCACAGUAGUAUUUGCCCUGCAUAUCUGUGAUCAGGUGGAUGUCUUUGGGUUUGGAGCUAAAAGUGAUGGAACCUGGCAUCAUUACUUUGACAAAUCUCACACUAACUUUAAAGGCGGACCUCAUAAAGGAGACAUUGAAAAUACAACAAUGUAUCAACUUGUACACAGAAACAAGAUUUCAAUAUAUAAAGGGUAUUGAUAAAGAAAACAGUUCUUACAUUUAAUGAAGGAUUUCAGGAUGGAUUCAGGUCUGAGAGGAAUGUAAAAAUUAAUAGUAAAUGUUAAUGUAUUUAAUAUAAAUGUUGGCAAUGUUUUGAGAGCUGUAGCAAAUGCUGUAGAAUUUCCUAUUCUUUUCUCUAUUUAUAAUGCCUUACUGUAUUGUAAACAUAUUGUAUGUUAUUCAUGUACUAC